CUGUCAAAAGUAGAGUCGAACCGUUCGACGGACUUUCCUCAGUUCCCCUAUAUCAUCUAUCACGACAAGUUCCAAAAUUUUCUGGCGGUUUCAUUUCUUUAUAUUUUUCUUCGGGUUUCUCUCGGCACGCAGCUUGAACAAAUACAUUCAACCAUGUACAUGUACGUGAAUCCCGAUUACGUCUUGGUCAGCGGCUCCUGCUGCGGAGGCUGCGGUCCUUGCGGCGGCUGUGGGCCGUGUGGUCCUUGUUGUGGUCCGUGUGGUCCUUGCUGUGGUCCGUGUGGCCCUUGCUGUGGCCCUAGCUGUUGACCAGCCAAAGUGGACCGAUAUGAGAGAUGACCUUGCGACGGAGAACCGGAAAACAUUUAUACUCUUGAAGCCACCAUGUAAAAAUAGAAAAUAAAGUGCUCUUUCAAGGGGAAAAA